AUGGAGACCAUUACUGCAACGCUACAACUGAUCAAAAUGCAAAGAACUGAUCAUAAGUGCCCAGCACCAACAGAUACAUUGACAAAACAAUUCCUUCACCUAAGGCUCACAGAAUAUUGUGACAAAGGUGACAGAAACAUUGUAAGAGUCAGAGGCCCAACCUUGCCUGCAGAUCUCCCUGCACUGAGCAUCCACAGAGUCCCACCGCACGCCAAUGGAGCGGACGUGGGCAGAGCUAUGGUGGUCAGAUUGGGGCUGGGGUUGCUGCUUCUGGCACUGCUCCUACCCACGCAGAUUUAUUGCAACCAAACAUCUGUUGCACCGUUUUCAAGUAACCAGAGUAUCUCUACUGCCCCAAAUCCAACUAAUGCCACCACCAGAGCAGGUGGCAGUGCCCUGCAGUCAACAGCUGGUCUCCUCGCCAUCUCACUUUCUCUUCUACAUUUUUACUGUUAG